AGAGGGGAAGAGAGAGGGCAGGAAGGAGAGGGCGCGAUUUUUGACCACUGUUGACUUGCUCUAGCCUAGACAGGACGCAGUCGCAUGUUGUGUAAGUCGUAUUUGACUUCAUUACACGAUCAUCUUUCGUGUGCCAGUUUCUUAAUAGGUACAUUCGAAAUCAUGACGCAAAACCCAUCGCCUUCACCCCCUGAUCCUAAGUUCGUCCUGCGCGGUGAAAUGGAACCUGUCUCCUGCAUUGAGUUUAUGUCAGAUCAUACUCUUUAUGCCGGGACGCAAGAUGGAAAAAUUCAUGUUUGGGACUUAAUCAAAAACAGGAGGAAAACUUCAUUCCAAGCUGGAAAUUCGGUUUGUAUAGCUAUAAAAGUUUUUCAAAAUGGUAUUUUAUCACAGUGUAAGGGAGAAGGAGUGAGUUUAUGGACAUUCUCCGACAAUUAUCAACUAGAAUUUCAGUAUGAAAACCCCUAUAUUGGAUUCUGUAAAUUGGAGACAGAUGGUCAUGAGAUCUGUAGCUCCUUAUUUAUGCCGGCAGAGAACUCGGAAGUAAAAGUCAUGGAUUUAAACAGCUACAAAAUAAUAAAUACAUUUUGUUGUACUUCUGGCAAAGUUGGAGAGAUAAUGGUUAUGAAAUGUAUAAGGCUGGAUAAUACUGUAUUAUUGUUAGUAUGUUAUGAAAGUGGUGAUAUUUAUCUCUGGAAUGUGUUAAGAGGUACUCCUAUAAGUAAGUUCAAAAUAUCUAAUGUGCCAAUGGCUGUUGAUUUUGACGAAGAGAAAAGAAAAGGUAUUUUUGGAACCGAGUCAGACUCAGCUAUUAUAUUUAAAAUAGGUGUUGGCUUCGAAUUUGGCACUGAAAUGUCUGUAACGUUGACCAAUCCUGGUGUGAGUGCUGUCACCAUUCGAAGUGACAAAAAAAUAUUUGUUCUCGGCUGUUGGGAUGGCAAUCUAAGAGUUUACUCCUGGAAAACAGGUCGCAUUUUAGCUGUACUCUCUGAGCAUAAAGAUACCAUUAAUGCUCUGUCUUACUCAUCAAAGAUUAUUCCAUUAUGGGGGUCAAUUCUUCUUGCAGCAGCAAGCAAAGACAAAAGCAUUUCUCUUUGGAGUUUCCUUUAAAUAUUUUCAGUCUCAAGGACCCUUUUUGUUGAGAGAGUAUAGACAGCUUUAAAGACAAUUCUGCUUAAUAAGUUAGUUUUACAUUUAUUCUUUUCAACGAAAUGACUUUAAAUUAAAACACACAUGUUACAUUUAUAAAUAAGCAAAGCUGUUUACUUUUGGUAAAUCCGAACAUUUUCCAAAAGGGGGCCACAUUUUAUUUUGGAAAGUACCACUACAAAAGUAGGAUUUUAUUAAAUUAUCAGAAAGGUUAAGCACUCAUUCUUGAACCAGACA